AGGGCCAGCUGUAAUAUGAUAGUGGCAGAAAAUUUGUCAGAGCAGAACAGCAGAAAAACAAAAUUGUGUGGCUUGAUCACAAUUUGGUUGCAAGAAGUUUUAAAGUGGAAUGGCUGGGGAUACAAUGACUCCAAAUUCUUGUUCAAUAAGAAGGGACAAGCUGAAUUCACAGGAAAAAGGUAUCGGAUAGGUGGAAUUGUGUUUCCUCUUUUAAAAGAAUGGUUAGAGAAAUACGUCGGAGGAAGUCUGGAGCACAAAAUUACCCCUAGAGCAUCUUUAAAUAUUAGUGAUGUACCUCCCUCCGUUGCAAAUGAAGAAUUUCUCCAAGACCUUCAAACAGCUAAAAUAUCAUAUUCCCAAGAAGCAGAAUCUAGAGUAUUCAGAGCUCAUGGUCAUUGUCUCCAUGAGAUAUUUUUGCUCAGGGAAGGAAUGUUUAAACGAGUUCCAGAUGUAGUUGUAUGGCCAGAAUGUCAUGAUGAUGUAGUUAAAAUUGUGGAACUAGCCUGCAAGCAUAAUGUUUGUAUUAUACCAUAUGGUGGAGGGACAAGUGUUUCCAGUGCUCUGGAGUGUCCUCCUGAAGAAAAAAGAACCAUUGUUUCACUGGAUACCUCACAGAUGAAUAGAAUUCACUGGAUAGAUGAGAAAAACUUGACCGCUCAUGUUGAAGCAGGCAUUGCUGGACAAGACUUGGAAAGACAGCUGGGUGAAAGUGGUUACUGUACAGGUCACGAACCAGAUUCAAUGGAAUUCAGUACUCUUGGAGGAUGGGUAGCAACAAGAGCAUCGGGCAUGAAGAAAAAUAUUUAUGGAAACAUUGAAGACUUGGUGGUUCACAUAAAAAUGGUGACUCCAAGAGGCGUAAUACAAAAAAGCUGUCAAGGACCACGCAUGUCAACAGGACCUGACAUCCACCAUUUCAUUCUAGGAUCUGAAGGAACCCUUGGAGUGGUAACAGAAGUUACAAUAAAAAUUCGACCAAUCCCUGAAUACCAAAAGUAUGGCUCUGUAGUAUUUCCAAACUUUGAGAGAGGGGUGGCCUGUUUAAGAGAAGUAGCAAAGCAGCGAUGUGCCCCUGCAUCUAUUCGCCUUAUGGACAAUCAACAAUUUCAGUUUGGACAUGCUCUUAAACCACAGGUUGCUUCCAUUUUUACAUCACUUUUAGAUGGACUGAAAAAAUUCUACAUCACAAAGUUCAAAGGGUUUGAUCCCAACCUGUUAUGUGUGGCUACCUUGCUUUUUGAGGGAGACAGAGAGAAGGUUCUUCAGCAUGAAAAGCAAGUUUAUGAUAUUGCUGCAAAAUUUGGUGGUCUUGCAGCUGGAGAAGACAAUGGACAGAGAGGGUAUAUGCUAACAUUUGUUAUUGCUUAUAUUCGGGACAUGGGCUUGGACUAUUAUAUAAUAGGAGAAUCAUUUGAGACAUCUGUUCCUUGGGAUAGGGUUCUAGACCUCUGCAGAAACGUAAAAGAAAGAGUAACAAGAGAAUGCAAAGAGAAAGGUGUUCAGUUUCCACCUUUUGCAGCCUGUCGGGUGACACAGACGUAUGACGCUGGUGCUUGUGUCUAUUUCUAUCUGGGCUUUAACUACAGAGGACUAAGUGACCCUAUGAGGGUUUAUGAAGAAAUAGAGAUGGCAGCUAGAGAAGAAAUCCUUGCUAAUGGAGGAAGCUUGUCACAUCAUCAUGGAGUGGGCAAGUUACGGAAGCAGUGGCUGAAAGAGAGCGUCUCUGAUGUUGGUUUUGGGAUGCUGAAAUCUGUAAAACAAUUUGUGGACCCCAAUAAUAUCUUUGGAAAUGGAAACCUUUUAUAAGCCUCGUUAUGAUCCAAACUGAAAUUAAAUAAUAAUACUAAUAAUGGUUUGAGUCUCAUGGCUAUCCCAGUAUCCAAAUAUAGCAUGGACCUAGUUUCAAAGCUGUUUCCUUCCUUACAUCUUCUGUUUCUUUAGUUAAACAUGAGUGUUCCAUUAUUCAUAGUAGACUUUUACAGAUUACUGUUAAACCUUUCACAAACAACCAGUCCAAAAUAUGCUCAGGUUAGUCCUGUUGAUAACCUGUUUGGAUGGCUUUCUACUGCUGUGCUAGGCUGCUCAAGAGUGACACUAGUAUUAUUGUUCUAGGGCCCUCUUUUGAUAGAAGAGCACUUCUGGGAAGCAGAUGAAAAAUGGGAUAAUGUUUAGAUUAAAUGGGCUUUUAUGUUUAAAGGUUAAGAAAACAAAGAAGGAAUGCCAUGCUCCAGGGUUUUGUUUUGUUUUGUUUUUUAAAAAACCCAGCAAUUUUGUGGUGGGAAUAGGUCAAUCUCCCAUAUCAUAUUAUUAAAAACAUAACAAACGUCCUAAUUUUAUUUGUAGUAGUACUUAAUACUGUAAACAAAUCUUACUGGAUACUGGAAAGUCUUUGUUACAUAAAAUGUUACAUAAAACACAUAAUAUUGUGUUUUCAAAUUGCCUGCAGUUAAUUUGGAAGGCAGUAUUUCUCAAGCAGAAAAAUGGUUCUGUUACUUACAGCACUCCAGAAGUGUAAUUUGAUGUUUCCACCAUUUCAAAUCUGAAACAACUUUUAAGUUGUCUUUUUAAAACUUUAAUUACUAGUUAUAAAUGUAAUCACUUUUUUCACUUAAAUAAAAAUGUCAAACUUCUUUUUAAAAAAAUCAAUGAGGAAUUAGAAUGCAAUGUGUCUUGAAACAGAUCUUAAUACUGCUUAUCAAUACAGAGGUCGUCUUUUAAAAAGUCCUUUUGCAAAAUAUACAAUGUAGAAUUUUAAUUUAGAGAUAUUUAUCCUUUAGCUAGAUUAUACCCCAUAGGCCAGGUCAUUGUUUCCUUCCAUCAAUGGUGAAGUUUCCAGAGCAUUUUGUGUGUGGGGGGGGGGAUUUUGCCAAUGUCCCACAGUCCCAGAAAGUCCUCAGUACACCAGAGCAAAUUUUCAGGCUGUGAUGGGGUUUAUAUGGGAGGGAAAAAUCAACAAAGCCUAUUCUUUCUCCAUUCUAUCAGUGGGAUCACUCCACUGCAUCAGAAGGCUUAUGUAGGCAGAAGGCACCAUUCCACCAGCAGAAAACAAAUUUUAGAGCCAGUCCUCUAGGCUUUAAAAAAAAAAUCUACUUGAGUGGAACUGAAUUACUUGAGACCUUAAAAUAUGCUCAUAGUAGCUCACUGUUUAUACAUCUGUGGAGACUGGAUGUGUUCUGUUACCUUAAAUCAACAAAAGUACCUAAAAUAGUGGCACGUGUAAAUUUUACCAAAUUCAUUAAAUGUAUUAUACUGACAUAAACCCUCGUCAUUUCCCUAGUUGUAAACCACCAUGUUUAAUAUGUCCACAAUUCCAAAUAUUAUAUGGUGAAAUCCUAAACAUUGCCUUCAUGCCCUAAAAAGCACCUUCAAAUUGACAAAUGCACAAUAUUGUAUAAUGAUGACUUACAUUUUGCUGGUCUAAAGAAAAACCAUUAUUGAAGUCCAGAUAGGCCUUCUUAAAUUUAAUCCACAAGAGUAGAAGAAAAUUACAGUGUAUUUAGUAAAGUUUAUCGUUUAGCUUUCAAUUGCUGGUAGAUUCUGUGUGAUUCUCAGCAACACCUCUUUAGGUCCCGUGCCUUUAGAACAGAUUUUCGGUGGGUGGCAGGGCAAAUGGGUUUACUGGAAAGAAGAGGAAUAACUGAAAAUCAUAUCCCCAUCCAAUGGAUAGAAGCUUUCCACACUGGAAAGCUAGUUUUGUUCUAAAACUGAUGGAGCACAACAUCUACAUGAUUUUGAUUUUGACCAUGUAAGGUAUUGUUAUCAGUAUUCAUCUGGUUUCUCAAACACAAGGAUGCUAAGUUUUGUGUAGUCAGAAAUACAAAUGUUUUCAUGUGCCUAAUGAGCACCAAAACUAGCGCAAAUGUGUAUUUCAGGGAAUAAAAUUGCCUUUUGUUGGAAUAAAAGAAAUAGUUCAA